CGGAAUCGUCGCCAGUUUGUUAAAGAUAUUUCGCUACUUCACAACUAGUUGCUCUCGAGUCUGUUCAAUUUGUUUGUCGCUGUUGUUAUUGUUGUUACUUAAGCAUGAAGUCGUUCAUUUUGUUCCUUGCUCUGGCGAUCGCCUGCGUUGCAGCUGACGAAAAAUACACGACAAAAUACGAUAAUAUCGAUGUGGAUGAAAUCUUGAGAUCGGAUCGUUUGUUCACAAACUACUUCAAGUGCCUGGUCGAUACGGGCAAGUGCACGCCCGACGCCCGCGAGCUGAAGAAAUCCCUGCCUGACGCUUUGCUCACCGAGUGCAGCAAAUGCAGUGAGAAGCAAAAGCAGAACACCGACAAGGUCAUACGCUACGUGAUCGAUAAGAAGCCAGAGGAAUGGAAGGUGCUGCAGGCUAAAUAUGAUCCAGAUGAGGUCUACAUUAAGCGUUAUAGGGCACAGGCACAAAAGGCAGGAAUACCUAUCUAAAUUCUAGUGAUAUUUGGGCUUUUAAGAAUGAUCUAUACACAAAAUAAAUGUUUAUUUUUGUAAAAAGCUAUC